AUGGCCAUGUUCAGUGCCCGCGGGCUCAACAACUUUAUCAGUGAGCUGCGCGCGUGCACGUCGCGUGAGGAAGAGCAGAAGCGCGUGGACAAGGAGCUGGGCAAGAUUCGACAGAAGUUUACGCAGACCGCGAGCAAUUCGGGUCUCGGAAGUGGCGGCCCGGCACUGCAGUCGUACGACCGCAAGAAGUACGCGUGGAAGCUCAUCUACAUCUACAUGUUGGGCUACGACGUGGACUUUGGCCAUGUGCAGAUCAUCAGUCUCGUGUCCGGGUCCAAAUACUCGGAAAAGUGUCUGGGCUACUUGGGCUGCUCCAUCUUGUUGAAGGCCUCGGACGAGCUCAUGACGCUCGUCAUCAACUCGAUCCGCAACGACCUCAAGUCGCGCGAGGCCAGUUCUCAGUGUCUCGCCUUGUGCUGCGUGGCCAACCUGGGCGGCGCCGACCUCAGCGAGACCAUGGGGCCCGACGUGGCCGGGUUGCUAACCAGCUCGGCCAGUAUCGCUCACGUCCGCAAGAAAGCGGCGCUGUGCGCGCGUCGCCUGCUACCGGACAACCCAGAGCUGUUGCCGGUCGAAGACAUGGAGAACCGGUUGAAUGAUCUCGUGGGCGAGACCCAUUUGGGAGUCGUCACGUCGGCCGCGGGUCUGUUGCAGACGUCACUGUCGCUCCACCCGACGGCCUUCCGGUCGCUGAUUGAGCCUUGCAUCCACCGCCUCAACGCCCUGGUCACGCACAAGAACUGUCCGCGCGACUACAUGUACUACAACACGCCGUGUCCGUGGCUACAGGUCAAGUUGCUUCGCAUCUUGCAGCAGUUCCACGCGAACGGUGCGUUGGAUGCCGACUCGGCUGACGGCCGGCUGAACAAUAUGCUGAACGAAACGUUGCACCGGGUGCUGGCCCGUACACCGCCCGGCAAGAGCGCUAAGAACAACGCGGCGUACUCUGUGCUGAUCGAAGCUGUGAAUCUUGUCAUCGCUCGUGGCAAACCGGGUGGCGACACGGAGAGUCCCGCGUACAAGUUACGCGAACAGGCUGUCGCGUUGUUGGCUCGCUUCAUCUCCGUCACGGAGCCCAACAUCCGCUACGUCGGUUUGGACUCGAUGUACCGCAUGGUGCGGCUCGACGGCGACGGCACCAGUGUCAAGCAGCACCAAGAGACUGUGCUCUUCUCCCUUAAAGACGCCGAUCCGUCCGUACGCCGGCGUGCACUGGACUUGUUGUUCGCCAUGUGCGACGCGACCAACGCCCAGGAGAUCGUGGGUGAGCUGGUCAACUACUUGGCCGUCGCCGAACGCACUGUGAGCACCGUUCCGACCACUGGACCUGUUAGCGGCAUCCGCGAGGAGAUCGUACUGAAGGCAGCCAUUUUGGCCGAGAAGUACGCGCGCGACCUGCGCUGGUACGUGGAUACGGUGCUUCAAUUACUGACCAUCGCCGGCAGUGAAGUACCCGACGCCGUGUGGCACCGCGUGGUGCAGAUCGUCACCAACCGCGAGGAAUUGCAGCGAUACGCAGCCGAGCAAAUGUUCAAGGCCAUGGAGCCUCGUUAUGUGGACGAGACGACGACCAAGUUCGGCGCGUACGUGCUGGGCGAGUUCGGGUAUCUGCUGUGUGACGACGCCAGCAUGAGCGGCACGCGUCAGUUCGAGGUGCUGCACCAGCACUACGUCGAUGCAUCCGUGCCUACCAAAGGCGUGCUACUGACGGCCUUUGUCAAGAUGGACAACCUGUACGAAGAACUGCGCCCCACAGUGCAUGGUGUGCUCGCAAAGGCAGCUAGUAACAUGAAUCUGGAGAUUCAGCAACGCGCGUGCGAAUACUUGGCGCUACGUCAGCUGUGUCAGAGCGCUCCUAACGGCGAAGAAGUUCUACGCGCUGUCUUGGAACCCAUGCCGGUGUUCCCGGAGAACCGCGAGUCCGGACUCAUCGUCCGUCUGCGUAACCAGCAGAAAGCUGCAGCCGGCGGUGACGGGGCGGUCCUACCCGAAGAAGGAGCUGUUUCUCCCCGUGCGCAGGCACGUGCCAGCGAACAACCGGCAAUAGACGGCGCUGUCGACUUGCUGUCUCUGGACGAACCUAUAGUCCCCAAGAUCUCGUCGGUCUUCGGCAUGGCCGGUCAGGACGCGAUCCGUGGACCGAACCCGGCGUCCACAGACCUGGGCGACAUUUUCGGCGGCUCGAGUGGUGGCAAAUCUGUGGGUCUCGAUGCCUCCUUGACACCGCAGGUCGCCGUCUGGGCACGGAACCUCAUGCUGAAUCCGCAAGGCGUACUGGUCGAGACGGACGUGCUGCAGGUUGGCGCUAAGCACGAAUACCGCGGCUCGCAGGGUCGGAUUAACUUGUUCUACGGCAACAAAACAGCCGACACACUCAGCGGCUUCUCGGUACAGCUCGCGACGGGCAACUUCUUCCGGGUUCAAGCCGAAGAACUGCCGUCUCAGCUGGAAGGCAAACAGCAAGCUAAACAGCAGAUCAUGAUCGAGGCGAUGGCGCCGUUCACAGAGCCGCCGACGAUGACGGUGAACUUCUCACGCAACGGCACGAGCUACUCGUAUCGCGUGGCGUUGCCUUGUCAGGCGACGAGCUUCAUGGAGCCCGUGGCAGUCAACGAGGACGCCUUCUUGCAGCGCUGGAAUGCGCUCGAAGGACAAGAUCGCGAACAGCAGGAGGUGGUGCCGGCGGCCAGCAAACUGGACAUGACACAGGCACCGGAGUGGCUCGGCACGAACCUGAAGUUCGCGAUGAUCGACGGGCUGGACUCGCAGGCCAGCGGUAGUGUGUCAGGCGCCGCCACCUUCCGCACCGGAGCAAUGGGUCCGAAUGGCGACAAACUCUCGGUUGGCUGCCUGGUGCGACUGGAGGCCAGCGACGGCAACGCCUACCGCAUCCGAGUGCGUGCGGUGCAUCGCGACGUGAGCAUAGCGACCAAGAACUGCCUCAAGAUGCUGCUUCAAGUGUAAAAAAGCAGAAAGAGUCGCUAGGAUUGUCCACGAGGACGAGUAUGAAUUCACUUAAUAAUACCGUCUCCAGUUAACAAAC